AGUAUCCCAGGGGGGUGGGUUCUCCCCAUCUCGGGGACUUGGAAAGGCUGACCAGCGGAUCCGAUCCACUGUCCUGACCAAACCUAUGGUACAGUAUGACAUGUAUCUCCUCUCUAAUCCGUCCCGAUUCUUCAAUUCAAUUCACACAGCAAGGUUGUACAAGAAUCCUCCAUCAGGAUGGGAACCACCACUCCAGACUUAUUAUCUCCCAUCAUCAACAUCAUCAUCCAAGACAACCCUUCCUACUCAAGGAUAUUUACACCACUAGACGUGGAGAAUUCCCAGCGUCGAUCAUCAACUCACAAUGACACCCAGCAAAAUGGCGUUCGGGGACCAUUUCCGCUGUAAGUUGAUAGACGGGGAGACGGGGUGGGUUGGUUCCAGUGG